GUGCGGGCAGGUAAAGAGAAGUGAAGUGCUGUGAAUAUGCCGUAUAGUGAAGAUGAUGAUUCCCAAACUGGGAUAUCGGAACCUACGCAAGGAAUGUCAAAGGCUGAAUUGCGGAAGACCAAUAAACCGAUAAUGGAGAAGAAGCGGCGCGCGCGCAUUAACAAUUGCCUCAAUGAACUCAAGGACCUGCUUGUGGAUGCUAUGGAUAAAGAUCCCGCCCGUCACUCAAAAUUAGAAAAAGCAGAUAUCCUCGAGCUUACCGUGAAGCACCUCCAAACCCUUCAAAGGAAACAAUUAGCAGCCGCCAUUGCUGCAGACCCAGCAGUACUGCACCGCUUUAAAUCCGGCUUCGGGGACUGCGCCGUCGAAGUUAAGAGAUACCUUUCCCGUCUCGCCAGCGUACCAACAGGCUUACGUCAUCGACUUGGCAGCCACUUGCACAGCUGCUUAAAUGGAAUGGAAUGUUUGAACCCUGCGGAUUAUCCACCACUAAUCCCAGAUCCUUUAAGACUGGACGACGAUAGACAAAGGCAUAGUGCCUUCCACUACGUAAGAUCCACCAAACCAACAAGUCCACCAUUAAGUCCUAUGUCUUGUGACUCUGCUUGUGACUCUUCUACAGAGAUGGAAACACCACCUCGUCCCGUCCAGACUUUCCCCUUCCCAACCCCACCAAGCAGAUCUGCCUCUGAUCAAGACUCAAGCCCGGAAACGCAAAAACCUACAGUUUCGUCAACAACAAUAUCCCCUGAAACGCUGAAACAAGAAGCUUUGAGAAACAAAAUGUAUAUGGAACCGUUAUCGAUUGUUAUAGACGUCGAAAACUACAAAAUAGGUAUUGAUGCUUCACCAAAAAGGGCUGUGGAUUAUUCAAUGAGGAAUAAGCUUAAAAGGCCAGUUGUUGACGUAUCAGGGCCGACACCAAAAGUGAUCAAACUUGAAGAGAAGCCAGUAAAAUUUCCAAAGAUUGAAAAAGUUCAUGAAAAACGAAAAAGUCCAGAGAAAUCGGCUUUUAAGCGAGUUCCCGAACGAGUACCAGCGUAUCCGGAAAGAAAAUUAACCCUUCCGGAAAGUAUUGUGACACCUGCACCUUAUGAAAGAACAAUUCCUGUUAUAAGAUCUGUGAUAAGUCAUACAGCGGAAUCCCUGGCGCAACCUUCGACUGUUAAAGUAGAGGUCAGUGUGAAAGAAGAAGUCAAAGAAAAGGGCGAAGCAGAUACUAGUUCAAGGUCAUCCGAACAGGGGAGUUCGAAUAACUCCGAGAUGUGGCGACCUUGGUGAUGAUUUAAUAACAUU